CCCAGAAGGCAUCAUCACCAAUCACCAUGGACUUCCAUGGAUCGGGACUCUGGAAACCCGCUGGGGUUUAUAAAGCAUGAAGUGGUUUUUUCUUUCCACUCUCAGAUCUGUGUAAACCCAUUCCAUCUCUACACCGUCUGUAAUCCUUAACUGCAGGAUUUAUUGCUCAGGGCAUAUCGAGGCAGAGUUACCAAUGGCGGGUGCGGCGGGUGGGUUCAUCACUCGGUCCUUCGAGUCCAUGCUGAAAGAGUGCGCGGGGAAGAAGUAUGGCGAGCUUCAGAAGGCUAUCCAGGCCUAUUUAGAUAGCACAAAGGAGAUCAAUCAUCACUCCAUCUCAAGUGGAAAGAAUCAAACAGUAUUUUCGGGUGGAGAUGGGAGUUCAAAUGAUUCAGAUGGUGUUGAAGCAGUGAAAGAUGGAGUGGAUCCAGAUGGUUCUCACUCUGUUUCACAUACUGUGGAAGGGGCAGAACGUAUUGAUAAACCUGUGGGCAUGGUUGGUCGAACUAUUACAGCAGCUUUAGCAAGCGCUGGGAAUACUUUAGAAGUAGCUGAGGCAGAGCUUGUUUUGCAGCCACUACGUCUUGCAUUUGAGACCAAGAAUUUGAAACUUUUGGAGCCUGCAUUGGACUGUCUUCAUAAACUCAUUGCAUAUGAUCAUCUAGAAGGUGAUCCUGGUCUUGAAGGUGGUAAAAAUGAUCCCUUAUUUACUAAUAUUCUCAACAUGGUUUGUGGUUGCGUUGACAAUUCAUCAUUUGACAGUACUAUUCUACAAGUGUUGAAGGUGCUUCUUACAGCUGUAGCAUCAACCAAGUUCAGAGUGCAUGGGGAACCUUUGCUAGGAGUUAUCAGAAUUUGCUACAACAUUGCCCUUAACAGCAAAAGUCCUAUCAAUCAGGCAACAUCAAAGGCUAUGUUGACACAAAUGAUCAGCAUUAUAUUCAGGCGAAUGGAAUCUGAUCAGAAUGCCAACAAUAUUUCACAUGGCACUCGGGAUUCUAUUCCUUCUUCUAGUAGUCCUGCACAUACAGAAGCCAAUUUAGGACAAGAUUUAAAUUUGAAGGAUGGGGAACUUUCUUUGGAUGUCCAAAAUGAGAAAGGAAUCACUCUAGGCGAUGCUCUUUCAAUGAACCGGGAUAAGGAUACGGCUCUUGCAUCUGUUGAGGAACUACAAAAUUUGGCAGGUGGUGCUGAUAUCAAGGGUUUAGAGGCUGUUCUUGACAAGGCUGUGCAUCUUGAAGAUGGGAAAAAGAUUACAAGAGGGAUUGACCUGGAGAGUAUGAGUAUAGGACAGCGUGAUGCUUUAUUGCUAUUUAGGACUCUAUGCAAGAUGGGUAUGAAGGAAGAAAAUGAUGAAGUUACCACCAAGACAAGGCUAUUGUCUCUUGAGCUUCUUCAGGGUCUAUUGGAAGGAGUUAGCCAAUCAUUUACCAAGAACUUCCAUUUCAUUGACUCAGUCAAAGCAUAUCUUUCCUAUGCUUUAUUGCGAGCUGCAGUUUCUCUGUCCCCAGUUGUAUUUCAGUAUGCAACAGGGAUAUUUGCUGUGCUUUUGCUGCGAUUUAGGGAAAGUCUUAAAGUAUGUCUAUCAUUGAUUGGAGCUUUCCCUUUGCUUUUUUUUUUCCAAAAGUUUUUUCAAGUGUCCUCUGCUUCAAUUGUUCUCAAUUAUUUGCACAUAAACCCUUUUCAGGGCGAAAUUGGGAUUUUCUUCCCCUUGAUAGUUCUGCGGUCAUUGGAUAGCUCUGAUAGUUCGCUUAGCCAAAGAACAAGUGUUCUCCGGAUGCUUGAGAAAGUUUGCAAGGAUCCACAGAUGCUUGUUGACAUAUAUGUUAACUAUGAUUGUGACCUUGAGGCACCAAAUUUGUUUGAGUGCAUGGUUACUGCUUUAUCAAGAAUAGCACAAGGGACUCAAAAUGCAGAUCCAAACUCAGUUUCUGUAUCCCCAUCAACAUCAAUUAAAAGUUCAUCUCUUCAGAGCCUUGUGAGUGUGCUCAAAUCACUGGUUCAUUGGGAAAAGUCACGCAGAGAAUCUGAAAAACAGAAAAGAAACAAUCAAUCGGUAGAGGAAGAGGUUUUGGCAAGAGAAUCUGUUGAGCCUAAGAGCAGGGAGGACAACACUCCUAGUAACUUUGAGAAGGCCAAGGCUCAUAAAUCAACCAUGGAAGCUGCUAUCUCGGAGUUCAACAGACAACCUGUCAAGGGAAUUGAGUAUUUAUUUACAAAUAUGCUGGUAGAGAAGUUACCUGGUUCAGUUGCUCAAUUUCUGAGGAACACUCCCAGUUUGGAUAAGGCUAUGAUUGGUGAUUACUUGGGUCAACAUGAGGAGUUCCCCCUUGCUGUCAUGCAUGCGUAUGUGGAUUCAAUGAACUUUUCUGGAAUGAAAUUUGAUAUUGCAAUACGUGARUUCCUAAGAGGAUUUCGACUUCCAGGGGAAGCACAGAAAAUAGAUCGCAUCAUGGAAAAAUUUGCUGAGCGGUAUUGUGCUGAUAAUCCUGGACUUUUCAAGAAUGCAGAUACUGCAUAUGUUCUUGCAUAUGCAGUUAUCAUGUUGAAUACUGAUGCACACAAUCCGAUGGUGUGGCCUAAAAUGUCAAAGUCUGAUUUUAUACGCAUGAAUACUGUAAGUGAUGCGGAGGAGUGUGCUCCGAAGGAUCUCCUGGUGGAAAUUUAUGAUUCAAUUGUUAAGGAGGAGAUAAAAAUGAAAAAUGACAUAACUAGUGGUGGCAAAAGCAGCAGACAAAGGCCAGAGACAGAAGAGAGAGGUCGUAUUGUCAACAUUCUUAAUUUGGCUCUCCCCAGAAGAAAGUCAGCUGGUGAUAGUAAGUCAGAUAGUGAAGAUAUCAUAAAGCAAACACAGGCUUUUUUCAGAAAACAAGGGGCAAAAAGAGGUGUUUUCUAUACAGCAGAGCAUAUUGAAAUUGUAAGGCCAAUGGUUGAAGCUGUAGGAUGGCCAUUGCUUGCUACAUUCUCAGUUACAAUGGAAGAAGGUGAGAAUAAGCCUAGGGUUCUAUUGUGCAUGGAGGGAUUUAGAGCAGGUAUACACAUGACUCGUGUUCUUGGAAUGGAUACAAUGCGUUAUGCUUUUUUGACGUCCUUAGUCAGAUUUACUUUCUUGCAUGCCCCAAAGGAUAUGCGUAGUAAAAAUGUGGAGGCCUUGCGGACUCUGCUUUCUCUUUGCGACUCAGAGACAGAUUCCUUGCAAGACACGUGGAAUGCUGUCUUAGAAUGUGUUUCUCGGUUAGAAUUUAUAACAUCAACUCCAGCUAUUGCAGCUACUGUUAUGCAUGGAUCAAAUCAAAUUUCCAGGGAUGCAGUUCUUCAUUCUCUCAAGGAUUUGGCUGGGAAACCAGCUGAACAAGUAUUUGUGAACAGUGUAAAAUUGCCCAGUGAUUCAGUUGUGGAGUUUUUCACAGCUCUUUGUGGUGUAUCAGCUGAAGAACUUAAACAAACUCCGGCUCGUGUUUUCAGCUUGCAGAAACUUGUUGAGAUCAGCUACUACAAUAUGGCUCGGAUACGCAUGGUAUGGGCUAGAAUAUGGUAUGUCCUUGCAAAUCAUUUCAUUUCAGCUGGGAGUCACCAUGAUGAGAAAAUUGCAAUGUAUGCCAUUGAUUCACUGAGGCAGCUUAGUAUGAAGUAUUUGGAACGUGCAGAGCUCACCAAUUUCACAUUCCAAAAUGACAUUUUAAAACCUUUUGUUGUUCUUAUGCGUAAUAGUCGAAGUGAAUCCUUACGGGGCUUAAUUGUCGACUGCAUUGUUCAAAUGAUAAAAUCAAAGGUUGGAAAUAUUAAAUCAGGCUGGCGUAGUGUAUUUAUGAUCUUCACUGCCGCUGCUGAUGAUGAGUUGGAAUCCAUUGUUGAAAGUGCAUUUGAGAAUGUGGAACAGGUUAUCUUGGAACAUUUUGAUCAGGUUGUUGGAGACUGCUUCAUGGAUUGUGUUAACUGUCUUAUUGGAUUUGCCAAUAAUAAAAGUUCACACCGCAUAAGUUUGAAGGCUAUUGCACUCCUGCGUAUAUGUGAAGAUCGUCUUGCAGAGGGCCUUAUACCUGGUGGUGCUUUGAAACCAAUCGAUGCCAAUGUCGAUACAAUGUUUGAUGUGACUGAGCAUUACUGGUUUCCAAUGCUGGCUGGUUUAUCUGACCUGACAUCAGAUCCCAGAGUGGAGGUCAGAAACUGUGCACUGGAAGUGCUAUUUGAUUUGUUGAAUGAGAGAGGUCACAAGUUUUCAUCAGCAUUUUGGGAGAGCAUUUUCCACCGCGUCCUGUUUCCCAUUUUUGAUCAUGUCCGAUAUGCUGGAAGGGAUGGUUUGUCUUCUUCUGGCGAUGAAUGGCUUCGGGAAACCAGCAUUCACUCACUGCAGUUACUAUGCAACCUUUUUAAUACUUUCUAUAAGGAGGUCUGUUUUAUGCUGCCACCACUUUUAGGUUUACUUUUGGAUUGUGCAAAAAAGACAGAUCAAUCCGUGGUUUCUCUCUCUCUGGGUGCUUUAGUUCAUCUCAUAGAAGUCGGAGGCCACCAGUUCAGUGCUGAUGACUGGGAUACCUUACUAAACAGUAUUAGAGAUGCUUCAUACGCAACCCAACCCCUUGAGUUGCUUAAUUCUUUGGGCUUUGAAAACUCAAAGGGCUAUUUGAUGGUUAUUAAAGAUUCAGAGGUCCACACCAGUGGAAGUCCUUCCCAGAUGCCUGCUGAGAGUGGGGAAGUUGGCACCCAUUUGUUUGAUCCCAAUGAGAAUGCAAAAAUGUUUGGUCAUACAUCCAUAAAUAUUGGUAAUGACAGUCCUGGGAAGAAACACAGUGCGUCAAUCUUGCAGGAGCAUAAUCAAGAAAUGGGUUCAUUUGCAAACUUGGAGGAAUCUGAAGGUUCACCAUCACCAUCCCUACAAGGUCAAAAAGCAGCUGAAGCUGCAGGCUUUCAACGGAGUCAAACAUUGGGUCAAAAGAUUAUGGGAAAUAUGAUGGACAACCUCUUGCUACGAAGUUUUACCACUAAAUCUUGGACCCGUCCUUCAGAUUCAUUAAUACCUUCUCCUGUUAAGGUUCCUGAUGUUGCUGAAUCUGAUUCUAGAGUUGAAAAAGAAAGUCCACUAUUGGGAACUGUUAGGGGAAAAUGCAUCACUCAACUUCUAUUACUUGGUGCCAUUGAUAGUAUUCAGAAGAAAUACUGGAGCAAGUUAAAAGCCCCGCAAAAAGUUACCAUAAUGGACAUUUUGCUGUCUGUUUUGGAGUUUUCUGCUUCGUAUAAUUCAUAUACAAACCUUAGAAUGCGUAUGCAUCAUAUGCCGGCUGAGAGGCCACCUUUGAAUCUUCUUCGGCAAGAGUUAGCAGGAACUUGCAUAUAUUUGGAUAUCUUACAGAAGACGACUUCGAGAAUUAAUAUCAACAGUGAGGAUAUGCAGGGUAGUGUUGGUUCCCAUGUUGAUGUGACGUCAGUCAAUGAUCCACACUAUCCUGAAAAUCCUAAUUCAGAACAGCUUGAGUGCAUAGCAGAAGAGAAACUAGUUUCUUUCUGUGGACAGAUACUGAAGGAGGCAUCUGACCUCCAGUCUGUCACAGGAGAAACUGCUAAUGUAGAUAUUCAUCGUGUUCUGGAGUUGCGUUCUCCAAUUAUUGUUAAGGUGCUUGAAGGGAUGUGCCUUAUGAACCAUCAGAUUUUCAGGAAACAUCUAUGCGAGUUUUAUCCCUUGAUCACCAAGCUUGUAUGCUGUGAUCAGAUGGAUGUUCGUGCAGCCCUUGGUGAUCUCUUUAGUAGACAACUUACCACACUCUUACCAUAGCCAUCUUGCAUAUUGUAUUAUGAUUUUUCUUAUACAGUAUUGCCAUAUUGUAUGAUGCUGAAGGUGGAAUUCAAGUAUGUGGAUCCUUUGCAGCAUCCAUUUUCCAUAACUAGCAAGUUCUCAUUAAUGAUGCAAGCCCCAUACCAUGCAACUGUCUAUUUCGAAAGCUUAGUUGCUUUGUCAUUCUCUUCUUUUCUUGAGGAUGUACUAUAGUCAGAAGAGAGAAUAAGUUCUAGGUUCGGGAGCUUGCUCUGAUAAUGAGGUUUAUAGUUUUUCUUUACUUUUAUUUAAUUUUUUAACCAUAGCCUAUCUGUGAAUUGAAAUUUGUACAUUUUGACUUGGGGAGUUUAUGUCCUCUACCAUUCCAUAAUUAUGUAAAUGGUCGGGCUGCAUGUUAGAGGUGAAAAGAUGACGACAUCACUGAUUCACAGGUAAUGUACUAGGUUGAGCCUUGGUUGGGUUAACCUUGAAGCA